CCGUAGAGAUGGAGUCAUUGCAACGACGUCGCUUACGUUGUCGUUGGCAUUACGUUCCGAUGCUUCCCCCUCGCUCCGUUCGAGCCUGAGAAAUACAGUUCAUAACAGAAAAGAUGAAGAGGAAGAGAGCAGGCGAAGUCAUGGAUCUAGUGUGGCAAACCCCAGCGAAUCCCCCAGAACCACGAGACUAUAUCUUUCGAAACGGAAGAAGGCAUGUUAGACCAUACUACUUCGAAUUUAUUGCUCACGUGAAAAAUCGGUGGGCAGGAAAAACGAUUGUAGAUUUAUUUGCUGAAGAGUUUAAGGGUCGACCUUAUGAAUAUUAUGUUAAUGCAGUGGGAUGUGGACGGAUACAAGUUGAUGGUGAGAUGGUGCCAGUAUCAUACAUUGUUAAACCAUCUCAAAAGAUCAGCCAUUUCUUACACAGAGGUUGUAGGCAUGAACCGCCUGUGAUGGCUUGGGGUGUUCCUGUUCUUCAAAAAGAACCAGAUGUGGUGACAGUUUGUAAGCCAGCAUCUAUCCCUGUCCAUCCUUGUGGUCAAUAUCGUAAGAACACUGUUGUUGGUAUCCUUCAAGCAGAGCAUGGGUUGGCACCUCUAUUUCCGGUUCAUCGACUGGAUCGUCUUGUCUCAGGACUUCUCAUUUUGGCCAGAAAUGCUCCAAAAGCUGAUUUGUUCAGGCAACAGAUUGAAGCUAAUUUAGUCCAGAAACAAUAUAUCGCAAAAGUAGUUGGUGAAUUUCCAGAGGAUGAGCAAGUUGUUGAUGCCAAUAUAAACUAUAAUGCUCGAGAAGGAAGAAGCACAGCAGAGGUCAAAGACUCUGCAAAGGGAAAGACUGCCUGUACAAAAUUCACUCGGAUCAGCUCAAAUGGAACCUAUAGCAUUGUUUUAUGUAAGCCAAUCACUGGCCGAACUCAUCAAAUACGUGUUCAUUUACAGUAUUUGGGACAUCCAAUAGCCAAUGACGUGCUGUACCUCUCCGCAGAGACUGUUGAUUGGUCUAGUAAAGGGUCAAGUGCUGAUAGAUCUGCGCUUGUGUCAGAUGCUUCCCUGAGACCAAGUUUUGAUGAAGAAGUGCUCCACAAAAGUGAAGGCGACUCCAAUGAUGAUUUUAGCAUUGAUCCCAUGUGUACAAACUGUCCAAAUCUGGCUCCCAAAGGAUACGAUGGCCUUGAAGAAGGUCUAUGGCUACAUUGUUUUCGGUACGCUGGACCUGGAUGGACGUAUGAAUGCCCUUAUCCUGAUUGGGCUAAGCUUAGCUGAUCAGUCAAUUUUUGUUUCAAUUUUCACUUUUUUGCUUUGGGGAGACCCCCCCUUAUAAUUAUACCUCACAUAUUAUUAUCGUGAUUCUUUUAGGAGUUUGGAAUAAGUCCUUUUUGUUAGACCACAUAUUUUCCGAUUUCAUAUGUAUGAUUUCUUAAAUGUGAUCUCUUCGCCUUUGUCAAUAUAAUUUGCAAACCUGGGAAGCAAA